AUGGAAUCUUUUCCUAGUCCCUGCGAUAAAGGGAACGGUCGAAAAAGAAAAGGGGAUCCUGAAAAAUGGAAGAGAAACCAAGCCAAGAAAGAGCGGUAUUCUGCAAAAACACUGCCCAAAAGAUUGUUGUGUAAUCAUAAAAAAUCUUUUAAAUGUAUGUCAUUGAAAAUGAGCGAUAUUAAAUUGUUUUUUGACAACUUUUACGCACAACCUGAUAAAUUAAAACAGGACGCUAUUAUUUUAAAACAGUGCGUUCCUAAAGAACAAAUCAGAGAAAAAGAACGUCCAAGAAAACUUGUAACUGAGAAGAGAGGAGGCGACCAUGUGUCAAUGAAAAGUGCCCAUAAAAAAGAGGCUGUCAUGAAAUUUAUCAACUCAAUUCCAUGUCAAGAGCCUCACUACUGUCGUGGUCAUACAAAACGUUAUUAUUUGGCAUCUGAAUUGUCUAUUAAUAAACUAUGGAAGCAGUACAAUUUACAAGCAACUCCUGAUAUUAAAGUGAAAAAGUCCUAUUUUCGUCACACAUUCAACACAAAUUACAAUCUUGGGUUUGGGAGCCCAAGGACAGACGUUUGUGCAACGUGUCUCAAAUUUUCAUCCGAAUUGAAACGUGAAAAAGAUGCUGACGCUCUAAACAAACUCAUGAUAGGCCAACGAUUGCACAAAUUGCGAGCUAAGGCAUUUUUCGACAAACUUAAAGAAGAAGAUCCAAAACUGAAGAUAUUUUCUUUUGACUGCGAAAAAAAUCUGUAUUUACUUAAAGUUCCUGACCAAAUUGCAUAUUAUCUAAGAAAUAUUUACUUAUACAACUUCACAAUAGUGGAGGGCACUUCUAAAAGCAAACUGACCCAAGACAAUGUUCACGCAUAUUGUUGGACAGAGAACACUUUCCCCAAAGCCGCUAAUGAAAUUGCGUCGGCUGUUUACCACCGUUUAAGAAAUAGUGAUCUAUCGUCAUGUGAGACGAUAAGACUGGUAGCAGAUGGAUGUGCUGGCCAGAAUAAGAAUACGAUUUUAUUGGCAAUGCUAUCAAAAUGGAUGACCGAAGCACCACAAAAUAUAAAACAAAUAGAGCUGGUUUUCCCUGUAGUUGAACAUUCCUACAUACCACCAGACAGAGUUUUUGCUAGGAUUGAGAAAGAAGUACGUCAGCACGAAGUACUUAAUAAUCCUCAAAAGUAUCUAGAAAUUAUUUCUAAAUUUAGUACUGUACAUAACCUGGGAACGGCUUCUUGUGAAGUUUUUGAUUGGAAAACUGCUUCACAGUAUGUAAUGAAACCCGUUGGUAGUUGGCACUUCCAAUUUAAAAAAUGUGCUCAAACGACGUAUCUGAAAAAAAACGUAAAGAUAUCCUAA